GCUCAGCUCCAGCCUUUCCCGAAGCAGCCAAGCCGAGCUCUGAUUGACCAGUCCCCACCCAUCAGCAGCCAUGGUGCACUGGACCGACGAAGAGAAGCAGCUCAUCACGUCGACCUGGUGCAAAGUCGACCUGGGGGAAAUCGGCGCCGAAUCCCUGGCCUACUUGCUGGUGGUGUACCCCUGGACCCAGAGGUUCUUUGCCCACUUUGGGAACCUGUCCAGCGCCACCGCCAUCUGCGGCAACCCCAAGGUGCGUGCCCAUGGCAAGAAGGUGCUGACUUCCUUCGGGGAGGCCAUCAAGAACCUCGACAACAUCAAGAAGACCUUCUCCAGCCUGAGCGAGCUGCACUGCGACAAGCUCCAUGUCGACCCCGAGAACUUCAAGCUUCUGGGCGACGUCCUCAUCAUCGUCAUGGCCUCCCACUUCGGGAAGGACUUCACCCCCGCUGUCCACGCCGCCUUCCACAAGCUGGUCCGCGUGGUGGCCCACGCCCUGGCCCUCCGCUACCACUGAGCUGCCCCCCUGGCCCUGCAGCAACCCCCUCCCCGCCCAAUAAAAGCCGUCGUCUGCAGCCUCAA